AUUUUACCCUUUUAUGGAUAUUCCUGCACCACCCCCCUUUUAUGCAUAACAACUCAUAUAUAUAUAUAAAACACACAUGUCCCCCCUAACACCCUUCAAAGAACACAGCAUAAGCGUUCCGCUCCUUUCCACAAGGCAAUUCAGCUUUUCCAGGAUUUUGUUUCUAUUUUUAUAUGUCUUUCCCAGUUUUUCUCUCUCUCUCUCUCUCUCUCUCUCUCUCUCUCUCUUUCUUCUUUAAAGUCUUUUUCUUAUUAAAACAGUUCAACAAGUUCUGCUAUGGCCACAAGCACAUUAUUCCUGUCCUAUAUGUACAUGACUUAUAUACAUUUGCAAAAGUGCGUUAUAGCAGGUAUCUCGGUGUUAUCGCAAAACGUAGCGUAUAUACCCUAUCCGUGUGCGGUGUUAAUUGUCAAGAGAGAACAUACCCAAGAAUGGCAUAUCGUUUGUGGCUUUCCUUUUGGUGCGCCAGCAAUCCGAGAUCUUGUAAUAGGUGUCACCAAGUAAUCCCAUUUCGGAAAACGCGAGAUAAGGACCAAGAUAAACCCGUAUCACUCUUGACUACUACUACUACAGCUUAUUAUUGUUAUUAUUGACUACCACUGUUUUGUUUGUUUGAUACAGGUGAUACGCUUCAUAUGAUGCAGCGUUGUGUGUAAAUGACACCAUCAUCAACCGUUUGCGCUCUGAGAACCAUGUUGACUGCUUUAUUCAGCCUUUUAGUAAUA